GGGUAGAGAGGAAGGAACCGGUGAAAGGCUGAGGAUUGCACGUGUGGAUAACAUGAAUAAGGAAAAUCCGUGGGGUAGUCCGGUGAGGAUGCCAGCGUGCAUGGAAAUUCAGCUGGAGGCCGCACAGUACCGAGGAGAUGGAGCUCUCCUUCUUGCUGCCUCCAGCCUUAGUGGCCGCACCUGGGGAGGUUCUAUUUGGGUGUACAAGGAUCCAUUUGGAGCUCCUGUAGAAAGUUUAUGUACAGCAGGGGUACAGACUGAAGCAGGAGUGACUGAUGUAGCUUGGGUGCAAGAGAAAGGAAUACUGGUGGCCUCUGAUUCAGGUGCUGUAGAGCUUUGGGAGAUGAUUGAAAAAGAAUAUCUAAUUGUCAAUAAAUUCAGCAAAUAUGACCACGAUGACAUAGUAACCACUUUGAGUGUGUUCACUGGUGGAACACAAGCUAUUAGUGGAAGCAGAGAUUUCAGUGUGAAAAUAUGGGAUAUUCCACAGAAAACACUUCUGUCAUCCUACAAAGCACAUUCUAACCAAGUGAACUGUGUCGCUGCAUGCCCAGGGAAAGAAAUAAUGUUCUUGUCUUGUGGUGACGACCGCAGAGUGUUGCUUUGGGACACCAGAAAACCCAAGCCUGCUACUCGGAUUUAUUUUGGUGCUGCAAGCAACCAACCUACCUCAAUUGUGUGGCAUCCGUUCAAGGACGAUAGUUUUGUUUGUGGUGAUGAAAAUGGCAAUAUUUCUUUAGUGAGCUUGAAAAAUCCUGAAUCUGCCAUUACAUUGGAAGUGCAUACAGGUCCCAUUACAGGACUAGCAUAUUCACAUCACAGCUCUCCUUUAUUGGCAUCAGUUAGCGAAGAUUGCUCAGUGGCUGUUUUAGACUCCAGCUCUACAGAAAUCUUCAGAGACCGGUCGCACACAGAUUUUGUCACUGGCGUAACUUGGUCGCCCCUGAGUCACUCAAGCUUCACCACUGUUGGUUGGGACCACAAAGUUCUCCAUCACAACCUCCCAGCAGAGAGCAAACCAGCUCCCUUGUAUGACACGAACACCCAGGAAUAACAUUCUGAAUCAGAAGAGAUCAACUAAUUUUGGGUUAUAAAGCCAGCUAAUGCUGACCAUUAAUUCUUGAGACUUUUGGGAACCCAUUUUGAUUUAAGAUAACUUGUGUAGAAUGUAGUCACAUUAGCUUAACUCUAGAGACGUUUAAGCCAUAAUGGCAGAUAAAGGGUUAUUUGUGGCUCAUAGCUAUAAAAAUGUGUUCCUGGCACUUUUGAGUUAUUUCCCAACUGUAGUUAAUGACUAGAAAGUAGGAAGAUAAAAAUCACCUUGUUUCAACAUUUGCAUGUCCAUAUAAGCUUACAGUUCAUUUGACUGGUUUUCAAGGAUGUGUAGGAUGUUGCACGCUACUCUGCUUGGAGGGAUUUUUUGGCACGCACUUAGGAAAAGAAGAUUACUGUUCUACAUUUAUUAGGUUUGGUUGACUUUUUGUACUAGUAACUUAAAACAUUGUUUCUAUUUUUUACUUGUUUUAUAUCUACAAACCUGUUGUUGACUUGCCUACAUGCAACAAUGCAUCUACAAUAAUAUUUAACAUGGUUAAUGCAA